GGCUGUAGGCUAUUCCUCGUGACUUACUGCUCUCCGUUCCCCUGCAUCCGUUUUUCAAUUUGUAUCAGCUGCGUCAGCUCUUCUUCCAAGGACCUGUUGUAUUUAGCACCAGCUUCCUACUGCCAUCUACUGCUUUGGAGGUACGGCACAGAUCAUCAGUACACGGCAAAAGGAAAUUCCAUUUUAUCGUGAUAUUUUUGUCUACAUCCAUAACCAUGAAGUUGCUUCUGGCGGGGAUUGUUCUGAUCUUAAUUGUGGAAGCCAAUGCCCAGUGGUUCAAAUUUCCUGGUCAAGCUGCUCAGGGAGCUCAUGAUAUGUAUCGAGCAUACCGUGAUAUGAAGGAUGCCAACUGGAAAAAUUCGGACAAAUACUUUCAUGCCAGAGGAAACGCUGACGCUGCCGCAAGAGGAGCGGGGGGCAGAUGGGCAGCGGAGGUUAUCAGUAAUGGCAGAGAGUGGGUGCAGGAAAGAACAGGUCACGGUGCUGAGGACUCUGCUGCUGAUCAAAGGGCAAAUGAGCAUGGGCGCAAUGGAGGAGAUCCCAACGUUUACAGGCCACCAGGACUUCCUGACGGAUAUUAGUAUGAAAGCCAUUGACAUCAAUCAAUAAUAAAACAAAUGAAAGAAACGUU